UAUCUCUGCAACUAAUUAUCGCUCCCUGCUCUCACAAUCCAUUAAAGUUUUCUUCUUCUUCUUCUUCUUCUUCUUUGAGAGAAAUCCAACAUUUUUUCUAAGUAGCUACUUGUUUUUCACUUACCUGCAUAUCAGCGCGAAUUUUUUUACUUUUUUUUUUUUCCCAACCCCUGAGAAUUGGGAUUGACUUGAGGGUAUGGCUGGUGGACAGACGAAAAAGGCUGGAGGAGAAGGGAAAAAGGGCGGUGGAGAGACGAAAAAGGGUAAUGCCAAUGCAGGUGGCGGGGGUAAAAAGAAGGAGGUUAAGAAAGAGACUGGAUUGGGACUUUCCUACAAGAAGGAUGAGAACUUUGGAGAAUGGUACUCUGAGGUAGUUGUGCAUGGGGAAAUGAUUGAAUACUAUGAUAUUUCUGGCUGUUAUAUUUUGAGGCCUUGGACGAUGUCAAUCUGGGAGGCAAUGCAAGAAUUUUUUGAUGCUGAGAUCAAGAAACUGAAGAUCAAGAACUGUUACUUCCCACUUUUUGUAUCUCCCACUGUUUUGCAGAAGGAGAAGGAACAUGUAGAGGGUUUUGCACCAGAGGUCGCUUGGGUAACUAAAUCUGGGCAAUCUGAUCUUGAAGUGCCAAUAGCAAUUCGCCCAACUAGUGAGACUGUAAUGUAUCCUUACUAUUCUAAGUGGAUCAGGGGACACCGUGAUCUUCCUUUAAAACUUAACCAGUGGUGCAAUGUUGUUCGGUGGGAGUUCAGCAAUCCUACUCCAUUCAUCAGGAGUCGUGAGUUCCUUUGGCAAGAAGGGCAUACUGCUUUUGCAACAAAGGCAGAAGCAGAUGAAGAGGUUCUUGAUAUUUUGGAAUUGUACAGACGGGUAUAUGAAGAAUACUUGGCUAUUCCUGUUAUCAAGGGCAAGAAGAGUGAAUUGGAGAAGUUUGCUGGUGGACUUUACACAACAAGUGUUGAGGCAUUUAUUCCAAAUACUGGUCGUGGCAUUCAAGGUGCAACUUCACAUUGUCUGGGUCAAAAUUUUGCAAAAAUGUUUGAGAUUAACUUUGAGGAUGAGAAAGGAGAGAAGGCCAUGGUCUGGCAGAACUCAUGGGCCUAUAGCACACGAACGAUCGGGGUCAUGGUAAUGGUUCAUGGGGAUGAUAAAGGCCUGGUGCUGCCACCUAAAGUAGCUGCGGUCCAAGUUAUUGUCAUUCCUGUGCCAUUCAAAGAUGCUGAUACUCAAGGAAUUUUUGAUGCCUGUACUAGUACUGUGAACACCUUGACUGAAGCAGGUAUUCAUGCUGAGGCAGAUCUUAGGGACAACUACUCUCCUGGUUGGAAGUACUCGCAUUGGGAGUUGAAAGGGGUUCCUCUAAGAAUUGAAAUUGGACCCAGGGACUUGGCUAAUAGUCAGGUACGUGUUGUUCGCCGUGACAAUUCAGCAAAAGUAGAUAUACCAAUGGCAAGCUUAGUUGAGCAAGUAAAGGAUCUGCUGGUCACCAUUCAAAAGAGCCUGUAUGAUGUUGCCACACAGAAACGAGAUGCUUGCAUUCAGAAGGUUACGACAUGGGAUGAAUUUAUUGAAGCACUUGGGCAAAAGAAGCUGAUCUUAGCUCCUUGGUGUGAUGAGGAGGAGGUUGAGAAGGAUGUGAAAGCAAGGACAAAGGGCGAGAUGGGAGCAUGUAAGACUCUCUGUACACCAUUUGAGCAGCCAGAUCUUCCUGAAGGUACACUGUGCUUUGCAUCUGGGAAGCCUGCAAAGAAGUGGAGCUACUGGGGCAGGAGUUACUAGACUUGGACCUAAACUGGAUCAUGGUAGAAGAUUUUGGUGGUUGGCGCAGGGUUUGCUGUAGGGUUAUACACUAGUAGCUGUGGGGAAAAUCCCAAUUUUUACAAUCUACUUAAUAUCUUGUUUUCAAUUCAUUGUUCUGCAUUACAUAUGCUUGGCUACUUUUAUAUACAGCGAAAGAUUGAUGCUUUUUGUGAAUUAGCGAAAUGUUAUAAUCAUGAUAUUAUCAACUAAGAGAUACUAAAUUUGAUGAGUUUUUGUUUUUAUUUUUA